CAGUGCAGAACAUGAUCAGACUGCACUGAUGUGCAGGCUGAUCUUGGUCUGCACUGGUCGCAAAGGCAGAAUAUUUGCCACCAGCAGGCUAAAGGUUAAUAUUUACUGAAAAUUUAUGAGUAUAAUAUGCAGGUUAUUGAGUUGUAUUUGAAAUGAUUUCAGAAUGUUUCAAGCUCCUGGUCAUUCUCAAAGCGUAUCAUUGAAAUUAUCCGAAGUACUCCGUGAUAUUGGCGUGAAUGAGAGAAUGCUGCUGAAGAGGAGAAGGAUGUUGUUUUUGAAGGAAUCUUUGGCUAAUAUUGUUGCAAUACUUAAUGGAGAGAACAGAUCAAAGUACAUUUUUGGAAGUCAGACGGAAGGGUCAACAACAGUGGGACUAAAGUCAGAUUUGGAUGAGCUCCACUGCAGUAAUGUCACGAAUGUGAUACGGGACUGGACAGAGUGGCAAAUUGGCGUGCACAGUUAUAUGAUGUUUAAAAAUGAGUCCACAUCACCCGGCUACUGUUUUCUCCAACCUUUAAGUGCUGAUGAGCCUUCUGUUUGCAAAUGUUAUGUACACAGGACAUCAGUUUGUGCUGAUAGAAGAGGAAGAUUCUUGAUGAAAAACAGUUUUAAGUUUUGCACACCUCAUGGUUAUUUUGUUGUAAAUGGUCCAGCAGAUACAUACUCGAAAGGACAUACCUCAGGUAUCGAUCAUGUUUCAGCAUUUCAAUGUAAAUCAUGGCCUAAAGAAGCCAAAAUCUGGUUAACACAGCGAGGCAUAGGAGGGUGGCCCACAGACGAAAUAAAGAGAUACUGUGAGACUACAGGGUGUUUUGUUGUACCAGUAGGCAGUAAGCACAGUGAGAAUGAGGAAGUAGAAUGGAGAGUGUCUACUUCCAAAGCUAGUGGAUGUCUGAUGCUUAGUUUAAACAUCACACAACUGAGGUGUUAUAUCUUGAUGAAGAUGAUUCUUAAGACAUUCAUUAAUCCCCAGUGUGAUGGUGUCCUUUCUAGUUUCAUGUGUAAAACUGUUUUAUUUCAUUGUAUAAAAAAUACGCAUUUAAAUCAAUGGCAGGAGCACAAUUUACUUGCAUGUCUGAAGUGCUGUCUUAUGUCAUUGCGGUACUGUGUUAGACAAUUAAAUUGUCCACAUUUCAUAAUACCUGAAAACAACCUGAUGGCUGGAAGAAUUUCUCCUCCAGUCCAGCAACAGCUGCUCACAAUCCUGGAAGCCAUCAUACAAAGUGAAUUUUGGGCAUUAAUUGAUAUUCCUAUUGAUGACCUUGGCAUGAGACUUCAGGAGAAAAUGAAUAUGUUACCAGUGUAUCCAUGUGGUCAUUAUUACCACUCCUCAGCUGAUAUGUCUCCAGAGGCUUCAGGAGAUUUAAUACAUCACGUUUUCAAUGAUUUGGAUAAAGCUUGUCAAAAAAUAUAUUCCAAAACAAUCAUUCUUGCAAGAAAUAGACAUGAAAUGGUGCCUUUUCUGCUUUUAAACUCCAUAUCCAGUGUGGCUAGAUUAUAUAACACUGAAGAAUCUACUACAGUGGAGAGAGCAGCGUGCAGACUUACAACUCCAUUUUUGUGUUCUUCCCUAGGGUCUGUGAUGGCAUCUUUAGACAUCCGGGCUAGCAAUUCUAUAUCCGAGAUGGCGCUUGCCUGGUUUUCAGCCGGACUGAACUCGGAUAUGUCAUCUAGCAGGCUGAAACUUGCAUCUGCAUUAUACUGUAUAGGAGAAAUGGAAAGGGCAGAGUAUAUUCUUGGUACAAUUGAAGAGAAGUAUGAUUUGGAUGUUGUUGUACCUGUGCAUCGCUACAGUCCUUGUACACUUAGUGGAAAUGGUAAACCAGGAUUCAUCAAUAAAUGUAAUACAGGCAAUGAAGAACUUAUAAAAGAUACUGCAGCUUUUAGUGUUCAGUUCAUGCGUUGUGAAAUCAACUGUGUUCCACAAGAAUUACAGUAUGAAAUGUUUAGGUCUACACAAGAAGACUUGCUAGUAGGGAGGGAUAAAUGUUGUUACUGGUUGGACUGGGCUGUGGUGGAUUCACUUCCUUACCUUUACUUCCUACAGUACAAGACUUACAGACACCUUCAGAGAGGAGCAGAUCAACAGCGGGCCCUUUUACACCUUGCUACUACCAUUGAUACCGAUCCAAACCUUGGACACAGGGAGACAGCAUUGAAUUUACUGGGACAAUGUUUGGAACAAGAGAACAGAUAUGACGCUGCUCUGUCCUGCUAUAUAAAGUCUCGCAAUAUACGUACAAGAAACAAUGCUGCAAAUUAUCAUAUAUGUAAAUUAUUGAGUGUAUUUUUUCCUGCAGAAGGAUAGAAAACAGACCAUAUUACAUAAAUCAAAGCAUUAUCAGAUUAGCUGAAAAAUUAAGGCUUGUUGAAUAACUACAUUAUCAGUAAUACAAAAUAUAGUAACAUUAAAAUUAUCACAAACAGUAUUUGAAUCAUUCAUUGAAAGGAACAUUAAAUUUUAUGUAUUCACCAAGAUAUUUUAAAUUACAAAAUGUUGUUAAUUUAAUAAAUGGUUGUAUAACAAGUUAACAAAUGGCAGUAAAAUGUAUUUAUUUAUGAAAAUACUGUUAUAGUCUGUGUAUUAUGUAGAAAAGCUAUUUUGUUAGUCACACAGUACAAAUUGUGAGAAAUUUAUCUGCACAAUAAACUUAUAAAAUGUAAACUUGGUAGUUUCAGAUGCUGUAUUUGUCUGAUUUUCUUGAUUUCUGUCUAGCACUCUUUCUUAAAAGAAUAUGAAUUAUAUCAAAAA